GGCAGACACACUGCAGGCGAGACAACUCUCUGCUUUUUCUCUGAAAAACUAUUCAAACUGACUUCAUCAGGUUUUUCUCAACAACACAGCAGAGUCUCUUCAAAACACUGUAUCUGUGUAGAUAUGGCUGCUGCAAACUAUCACUCAUCUGAAGAUCAGUUUCUGUGCUCCAUCUGUCUGGAUGUGUUCACUGAUCCGGUCAGCACAUCAUGUGGACACAACUUCUGCAAAAACUGCAUCACUGAACACUGGAAUACUAGUGACCAGUACCAGUGUCCAAUGUGUAAAGAGGUUUUCAAGAGAAAACCUGAGCUGCACGUCAACACUUUGUUCUCUGAGAUGGUUGUUCAGUUCAGACAGUCAGCUCAACAGAAAGCCAGCAGCUCAGACCAACAGGUUGCAAAACCAGGAGAAGUUCCCUGUGACGUCUGCACUGGAACCAAACUGAAGGCCCUGAAGUCCUGCCUGGUGUGUCUGGCCUCCUACUGUGAGACUCACCUGGAGCCUCAUCUGACAACAUCAGGCCUGAAGAAACAUCAGCUGAUCAACCCUGUGGAGAACAUGGAAGCCAGGAUGUGUACGAAGCACGAUAAACCUCUGGAGCUGUUCUGUAAGACCGACCAGACAUGUGUCUGCAUGCUCUGCAGUGUUUUAGACCACGAGAUUCACGAGUUUGUUCCUCUGAAAGAAGAAUAUGAAGAAAGGAAGGUCGAGCUGGAGAAGACAGAGGCUGAAAUUCCGCAGAUGAUCCAGAAGAGACGACUGAAGAUUCAGGAGAUCAAACACUCAGUCGACCUCAGUGAGGAAGAUGCAGACAGAGAGAAAGCAGAAGGUGUUCAGGUCUUCACUGCUCUGAAGGAGUCUGUUGAGAGAAGACUGAAUGAACUCAUCAAAACGAUAGAAGAGAAGCAGAAAACGACAAAGAAACAGGCCGAAGACGUCAUCAGAGAGCUGGAACAGGAAAUCUCUGAUCUGAUGAAGAGAAGCACUGAGGUGAAGCAGCUCUCACUCUCUGAAGACCACCUCCACCUUCUCCAAAGCUUCCAGUCACUAAACAUCCACCAUCCAUCACCCACCAAGGACUGGACAAAGGUCAGUGUUCCUCCAGCAUCAUACGAUAGGAAUGUGGUGAAAGCUGUGGUUCAGCUGGAGGAGACACUCAGUGAAGAGAUGAAGAAGCUGGUUGAAGCUGAGCUGAAGAGGGUCCAGAAGUAUGAAGUGGAUGUGACUCUUGAUCCUGAUACAGCUAAUCCUCAACUCAUCCUGUCUGAUGAUCUUAAACAAGUGCAUCAUUGUAAUGCGAGGAAGAAUCUUCCAGACAACCCAGAGAGAUUCUCUUUUUGUAAUUGUGUCUUAGCAGAGCAGAGUUUCUCUUCUGGCAGAUUUUACUUUGAGGUUCAAGUCAAAGGAAAGACUGAGUGGGAUUUAGGAGUGGCCAGAGAGUCGAUCAACAGGAAGGGAGACAUCACACUGAGCCCUAAAGAUGGUUACUGGGCCAUAUGGUUGAAGAAUGGAAAGGAGUAUGAAGCUCUUGAUAACCCCGCAGUUCUUCUCACUCUGACGUCUCAGCCUCAGAAGGUGGGGGUGUUUGUGGAUUAUGAGGAGGGUCUGGUCUCCUUUUAUGACGUAGAAGUUCCAGCUCUCAUCUACUCAUUUACUGGCUGCUCCUUCACUGAGAAACUCUUCCCAUACUUCAGUCCUGAAUAUAAUGAUGAAGGUGAAAACGCUGCACCUCUGAUCAUCACUCCUGUCAGAGGUCGCAAGCGGUUGGAGAUGAACCAAGCUGUCAUUGGGCGAGAGGCUGGGCACACCAUGAACUGGUUGCCAGUUACUAACAGGGGUAAAAUGAGGAAAACUAGGAGAAAAAUCAAGCUGGAACAAGGAGAAGAUGCAAACUAGACACAGAAGGGAACUGGAUGGCCAGCCGGUUCGAACCAGAAUUCUCUUCCUGUGAGUUUUACUCUUCGUCCACUGGAGCAAGAGUUAACUCUAAGACGAAUGUGCCAACCAAAGAGCAUACAUCCCAAGCUGAAUUAUAAGUAGAUAAAAUAUUUUUUUUUCGUAGCCACUGAAAAUAUAUUGCUGAAUAUUUCACUGUUUCAUAAAGCUUCAUUUCAGAGAAAGGCCUAUUAGUGUGUUUAGAAUACAGUAUGUGUAAUUGUUAUACCAUAAAAAGUAAAUGGACAAAAGAUAAUUAAUAGAAUUCAUGCAAGAUGUAUUUUCUGUGUAGCUAAUUUGCGUUUUUUGAUUAUUUUUUUUUGUGGGAACUGAUAAGUUGGCUUAUUAUGAGCUUAUGAGUAAAAUGUAAAAUAAACUUGUUGUUGAAGACAAAGUCUGAUUAAGCAGUGCUCUACUUCCUUUUCUACGCUCAUAUGUAUCCUUUAUAUCAUAUAGAUUGACUAUGUUGUAAUUCUUUUAUGUAUUUCAUUCUGAACACAUGACGUCUAUUGCACUUCUGGCCAUCCUGGGAGAAGGAAACCUCUUCUGUUGCUCUCCCGGAGGUUUCUUCAUUUGUUUUUCCCCUUUAAAGGUUUUUGUGGGGGGGUCCUUUUAAGAUACAAGGGUCAAAGGACAGAGGAUGUUGUAUGCUGUAUGGAUUGUAAAGCCCUCUGAGGCAUAUUUGUGAUACAAAUAAAAAAUAAAUUAAAUUGAAAUGACUUGAGCACCAAACACUGAAGAGAAAAGCCUUGUUUACACACACGGUUGUAUUUUGUUACAGUUACAGGUUAAUGUACUCCUUCAGAUAUCAGGCCUGGUUGGUUUGG